CUCUCUCUCUCUCCUCUCUACACACACACAUACAUACAUACAUACAUACAUACACACAAGAUAUAUUUAUUUGUAUAUACAAGAAUUGCAAUUGGUGCUUCGGGUGCUGAAAAACCCACGUCUUGGACCCAUCUCUUCAUGAAUUCUCUCUUCUCCCUUUUCUUGGUUUCAGGAGCAAAUGGGCUUUUGGUGGUAAUGUGGGCGUAAUCUUUUGUUAUUGUGAACAGAAGAGCGGCCAUGGAUGCUUCCGCUUUGGAGGCAUUAGUAUAUGAUCCAUCAAAAUGCAGUAAGUUGAGCAUGGAGCAAAAGAGAGAACUAGUCUAUGAAGUGUCAAAGUGGCCAGAUGGUGCCACAGAAAUGCUACAGGCAUGGAGCCGCCAGGAAAUAUUGCAAAUCCUCUGCGUAGAGCUUGGAAAGGAAAGGAAAUACACAGGAUUAACAAAGUUAAAAUUAAUAGAACACCUUCUGAAAAUUGUAUAUGAAAAGAAAUCGCAAGAGCUUGGAACUGAAAAUGUUUCUGAACUAGAAAAUGGUGAGAGGACUCCUAAAAGGCAACGGAAAUCAGACCACCCAAAUCACCUGGUUGUUGCUACAAAUGGUGCUGCAACUGUUGUUCCUGAUGUUGAUUCUGGUAGUACUAUGUAUUGCAAGAAUUCAGCCUGCAAGGCUAAAAUGAAUCUUGGGGAUGCUUUCUGCAAGCGGUGUUCAUGCUGCAUUUGUCGCCAGUAUGAUGAUAACAAGGACCCAAGCCUGUGGUUAAUUUGCAACACGGACCCUCCAUUUCAUGGUGUGUCAUGUGGUAUGUCAUGUCACCUCGAAUGUGCCUUACGACAUGAAAAUUCUGGCAUCUCACAGGACAGGCAGGAUAAGGGGCUUGAUGGGAGCUUCUGUUGUGUAUCUUGUGGAAAGGUGAACGAUUUGCUCAGCUCUUGGAGAAAGCAACUAAUAGUGGCGAGGGACACCAGGCGGGUCGACAUAUUGUGCUAUCGGCUCUCCUUAGGCCAAAAGAUUCUUGCUGGUACUAAACAUUACCAGAAUCUGUAUGGAAUCAUUGGUGAAGCUGUCAAAAUGCUCGAAGAAGAAGUGGGUCCUCUAACUGGUUUACCUGUGAAGAAGGCUAGAGGGAUUGUGAACAGGCUCUCAUCAGGCCCUGAAAUUCAGAGGAUUUGUGCUUCUGCUGUGGAGUCUCUUGACUUGAUGCUUUCUAACCGGCUGUCUGAUGUGCCUUCUGAUUGCAAUACACUUGCCUCGAAGCUUGUCAGAUUUGAAGAUGUCCGUGACUCAUCAUUAGCGGUGGUUCUGAAUUCUGAUGAUUCAAAUAUGGGAAAUGUCGUGGGUUACUCCAUAUGGCAUCGGAAAGCUGAUGAUAUAGACUAUCCAAUAGAGCCUACUUGUAGAUUGUUUAAACCAAAUACAAAGUUUCUCCUUUCUGGUCUAACACCUGCUACACAGUAUUUUCUGAAAGUUGUUAUCCUCGAUUCCGACAGAGAGAUGGGCUUCCAUGAAUUUCAGUUCCAGACAGUAACGUCUCAAGAUGAGCUGCGAAAUCUGAACUCUAAGAGCUCAGAGGUGGAAAGAAGCCAAAGUCCCGCUACUAACUGCAGCAGUCUCUCUAAUCCUUCUUCAGUGGACGAUGAGGAUGAAAACAGAGGGGAUAACAAUUUUCUUCCUUUUAAUGGUAAUGCUGGUAAAAUGACUGCAGAUAUGGUUGAUGACACCAUCAACUUCUCGGGUCAGAAGAGCCAGAAGGAGACUCCUGGAGACAUAAUUUCUUUGUUGGAUGAAGAAUAUAGCAUGGUGAAAACUAGCUGCACCCCAAGUGGUGAUGCUCUGUUGAAUCCCAGAAACAAAGAAUCAUCAAAUGGUCAGAUGGUUGAGGAAACGAGCACCGAGAAUGGGUCUAAUACACCUCUUCCGACUGGCUUAGAAUGUGUUCCCAUUGUGGAUAGUUCAGAAGCGGGCUUGCCUAUCACUCCCUGCAAGUUUGAGAAUGUGAAGGAUGACACUGGGAGGAGCAACAGAUACAAAUUCAAUGGCAAAGAUGCCGAUAUUGGUUCCGAAGGGGAAAAGGAGCCUCAGGCCGGUAGCUCUUCUAAGAAGAGAAGUGGAGAAAGGCAAGAGGAGGAGUGUUCUGGGAUCGGGGACAAAGAUUUCGAGUACUAUGUGAAAGUCAUCCGGUGGUUGGAGUGCGAUGGUCAUAUAGAGACAGCAUUUAGGCAGAAAUUCUUGACGUGGUACAGCUUGAGAGCGACCUCUCAAGAGGUCCGUGUCGUGAAAGUAUUCAUCGACACUUUUAUUGAAGAUCCUGAAUCUCUUGCUGGACAACUUAUUGACGCCUUCACAGAUGUCAUUUCAAACAAGAGAUGUUCUACGGUACCAGCUGGAUUUUGCACGAAGCUCUGGCACUGAGACGUUCGACAAAUUCCAGUACUGUGGGAUUAAGCAUGCAGAUUUAAGGAGAUCUGCCUGCUUUAUUCUUUCGACUUAGGAAUUUCUUGAUCAUUCUUCAUAGAAACUAGCAUCAUUUACAAACUUGGUACUAAGAUAUUUGCUGGUGUUAUAAGAUCAUGUCUGUUUUUUUUUGCUCUGGAAAUUCCUGGCUAUCUGUAGCUCUUUUAUGUUGUAGUGCAUGAGGGGGGAAUUCAAAUUUCAUGUUCUGGUGAAAGAUGGAAGUAUUAGUUUUUGCAUUGUACAUAGGCUAAGCUGCAAAAUGUCGUUCUUGCAUGUAUCCAAUCAGGCAGUCUUGUCUGAUAUUUUCUCUGAUUAAGUGCAAUUUAUCAUUAAUACUCAAA